AUGGAUAGUGACAAUAAUAAACGUUUCAAUUUUGAACAACUUUCAUAAGGGUAGCUCAAAGGACGUCUAUAUAAAAAUAUUAAUCGUUAUGAUCCAAAUGAACGAAAAUAUACUUAACAGCUCUCGGCAAUCUCAUUGCCUUAAUUAGUGCCGAAGGUUUCUAAAUAAAGAUUAGAGCCUACAACCUAAACUCAUUCAGCUUUAGGUGUAACCAUUCAAAAUGGCAGAAUUUUACUAGAUCGCUCAGGACAUCAAUCUACAAAAAGUAAAUGAUGAUUUAAUAUAACAAAAGAUUUUAGAAGCGACAUUCUAAUACAAGAUUAACUAAAGAAACCAAAAAAUUUGUCUCCUUUAGGUCAAAGAUUAUUAAGUGAUCAUGGAAUGAGUAUUUUAGAGGAUGUACAAAAUCCUAAUUCCACCAUUAAUGAUUCAAUUAUUGGAUUACUUUAACAACCUGAAAAAAAGAAAGAAACUUAGAUAUUAAAGAAGGCACUUAGAAAACCCAAAAAGAAAUAGUAAUCAUAAUCAUAUUUGUCACCUAUGGAUUUUAUUUAUUUAAUAAGAACUGAUCCAGAAAUGGCUGAUGAGUUCUGUUAUUUAAAUAAAAGAGAUCAUGCUUAUGAUUAUUAAAUAGUAGAAUUUGAGGAUAGAAAUCCAAAAGAAUAUAUGACAAUUAGUGCAAGGGGUAUCACCUAUUUUCAAAAUGAUGAGGCUACAUUUCUUACUAUUGAAGAAUGGCAAAGAGAAGCUAAAUUAUAUUAAGAUCUUUAAAAAAUCGAUUUUUUUAGAAAAUAUAAAUUAUGGAAGAAUUUCUUUUUAUGGAAGAGAUUGAUGAGAAAAAACAUUCUUGCAAAGAAUCAAGAUUUGAUGAUUUCUAAUAUGUUUUCAACUGACAAAUAAUUAAGAAUAACAUUAUUAGAAGUUCGUAGAAUAUGUUAACAAAUGGCUUCAGAUAUAAGAUUUUUAGAUACAUCAACAACAGUACCUUAGAGUCAUGAUAAUUUUAAAUAAUUGUAAGAUAAACAUUUAAUGUCAAUAAUGGAUAUAAAAUUUGAUACAUAUGAAUAAUAGAUUAAAUAAAUCAUAGUAGAAUGCUGUUAGAAAUCUUUAGUAAAUUUUAAAGAAAUUCAUCGUAUACCACUUCAUGAAGAUGACAAUGAAGAAAGAGCCCCUUUGUUGGUUGGAGAUGAAUCUGGAAAAGAUAUGCCAUACACAACAGAGGCAACAAUUAGAACUCAUUAUAAAAGGUUAAGAAAAUUUGUAAAAUAUGUUGAUUAUAUCAUUAUUGAUGCUAAACUAUAAAUGAUGCAAAAUUCAGUAGAACAUAUUGUCAAAUAGAUAAAAGAUUUCAAUGAAUAAUAUAAAGAAAGUUCUGGAGUGAAAAGGAAAGGAUAUUAUGGUAAAGGUUAACCUUAAUGUUGGAUUAUUGUAGAGGCAGUAGGAAAAUAAGAAGAAAUAGUUUUUAAUCCUGUGAGAGAAUAAUUAUUUAGAAUAUUUGAAAGUGUUGUUAAUAAUAGUGUUAUUCGUAUAACUACUAGACAUAGAGAAAUGUUAUCAAUGCCAGAAUUAUAAUAAUACAUUUAAGAUGAAAGUAAUUAAUAGUCAGAGAAAGUGGAUGUUAAAGCAAUAAUAAAUGGAUGCGAGAAUUUUUAGAUUUUAUGUGGUCAAAUGAGGAAAGAAUUAGAAAUUGCAUUUGAUUAUUUAGAAUCAUAUGCUGAAAAAUUGAAACCAUUCAUGAAAUGGUAUGUUGAGAAUACAGGAGUCAAUAUUGAAAAGUAAUUUUCAGAUAAGGAAGUUGAAGAAUAUAGAAAUGCCAUCAAUUAAUAUAAAGAAUAAGAUCAACAAUUUUAGGAUAUAGAACCUACUUAAGAGAUAGGAAUGAUAAUGUUUGACAAUUAAAAAUUGAAAGCCAAAAUUAAAUCAAGUGCUAUGAAUUGCAUCUUGGAAUUAUAGAAAUUUAUUCCAGAAUAUAUGUACAAAAAGGCAGUACUCUUUACUUAAAAAACUGCAUAAUUAUAUUCAACUAUAGCAAUUUUACCAAUUACAGUUGAGUAAUUUGUCAAUUAUAUGGAAGCUGUAAAUAUAAUCAACAAUUAAUUUGAAGAUUUAAGUAACGUAUCAUAAGAAGUUACAGCAAUGGCUUUACUUAUGGAUGAAUUACGUAUUAAAAUUUAAGAUAAACAUAAAUAGAAAUUUGCAGAAUGUAACUAAUAAGUAAGUUAACUUCGUAAAAAAGUGGAUGAUGCUAUGGCUAAUUAUGAUUAGAAUUUAAAUAAAUUUAGAAAGGAUAUGGAAAGAAUGAUACCUUAAGUGGAUAGUACAGUAAAAGAUUUAAAUGAGAGACUGUCAGAGUAACCUUUAAGUUCUUUAGCUGCAGAUUUGAGUGAUAUGGUUACAUUUGUAAAUGGAAUUAGAAAGUAAGUUGAUGAACUUAAGAUCCAUGGAAAAAAAUUGAAUGAUUAUCAAAUUGCUUUAAAUAUGGAAUAUACACCUUUUGAAAAAUUGGAAGCAUUUAAUAAUGAAUUUACUUUAUUAGAAAAAUUGUGGUGUGGUAGAAAUGAAUGGAUUUCAAACUAUUCAAUUUGGUUAAAAUAACAUUAUACAGACAUAAAUUUAGAUGAUAUGAAUAAUUUAAUGGAGAAAUUAUAAAAAGCAGCAAAUUUAUGCGCCAAAGAACUAGAUAAAAAUGAAGUAGCUAGAGUAUUUAAAUCAGAUAUUGAAGGUUUUAGAGGAGUAUAUUAAGUAUUAUAAGCAUUAAAAGACCCUGCAAUUUCAGAGAAGUAAUGGAAUCAGAUAAGAUCAUUGAUACUAGAAAAUUAAUCAUUAUUCAAAGAUCCUAUUUUAGAACCAUUUACACCUGUGAAUGAUCCUAAAUAUAAUGUUUAAUGGAUAACAUAGGUUGGAUUAGAUUAAGUGAAAGAUAAGUUAAGUGAGAUUGCAUUAAGAGCAGCAAAAGAGAUAGAAUUAGUUAAAAUGUUAGAAUAGGUUGAAUCUAUUUGGAGAGUAGCUGUAAUCACUGUAUAACCAUAUAGAGAAUCAAAAGAUGUUUUUAUAUUAGGUAAUAAUGAAGAUCUGAUAUCUAAAAUUGAUGAUACAUUAUUGACAGUUAAUAACAUUCUUGCAUCAAGAUUUGUAGAAGGUAUCAGAACUGAAGUGGAAAAGUAACAAGCUUUACUAAGAUAUUUUUAAGAGUUAUUUGAUGAAUGGAUGUUACAUCAAAGGAAUUGGUUAUAUUUGGAACCUAUUUUGAAUUCACCUUAUAGUGCUAAGAAUUUAGCAAAGGAAUCUAAAAUAUUUUAAUAAGCUGAUACAUAGUGGAAGAAAUUAAUGAGGAAUGCUAGAGAUAGUAGUAUAGCUAGAAGAUGGGCAGAUGAUUAUUAAAAUAGAUUAUAUUUUAAUUAACUAAGAUAAAAUAAUAAUAAUUUUGAUGUCAUUUAAAAAGCUUUGGAUGAAUUUUUAGAAAAGAAAAGAGAUGUCUUUUAAAGAUUUUAUUUUUUAUCUAAUGAUGAACUCUUAGAAAUUCUAUCAAAUGCAAAAAAUAUUUAGGCUAUAUAACCAUAUUUAAGAAAAUGUUUUGAAAAUUUAGUUAAGAUUCAAUUCGAUUAGUAAGAAAAUGCAAUUGGAAUGAUAUCUGCUGAAGGAGAGGUUGCAGUUCUUAAGGGAUAUUCUGCAAGAGGAGAAGUAGAAGAUUGGUUAAAAGCUUUAGAAGAUAAAAUGAAAUCUUCUUUAAGUGGUGUAAUGAGAUAAUCUUUAAUUAAAUAUUAAUUAGAAGAUACUUAAAGAAAGGAUUGGGUAUUUGAAUUUCCUCUAUAAAUAAUUAUUACAAUUGAUUCUAUAUUUUGGACUAAAAUAACAGAAGAAAACUAUUUAUAAGCAGAUGCAGAAGGAGACUUAGAUGAUUGGUAUGAUGCAAAUAUAGCAAUGCUUGAUGAAUUAACAUAAUUAAUUAGAGGAAAUUUAACUGAAUUAUAAAGAAGAACUUUAGUGGCUUUGGUUACAUAGGAUGUUCAUUUUAGAGAUAUAGUAGAUAAUAUGAGAAAUGAAUCUGUGGAAGGUAUAAUGGAUUUUAAAUGGUAACAAUAGUUGAGGUUUUAUCAUGAUGAAGAAAGUGUACAUGCUAAAUAAGUAAAUGCCAAAUUAAUGUAUGGUUAUGAAUUUUUGGGAUCAACAACAAGAUUGGUUAUUACUCCAUUGACAGAUAGAUGUUGGAUGACUAUAACUGGAGCUUUGGGUAUCAAAUUAGGAGCAGCACCAUAAGGACCUGCUGGUACUGGUAAAACAGAAUCAUGUAAAGAUUUAGCUAAAGCUUUGGGAAGAUAUUGUAUUGUAUUCAAUUGUUCUGAUUAAAUUACAGCUAAAAUGAUGGAAAAACUAUUUGCAGGAUUAGCAUAUUGUGGAGCUUGGGUUUGUUUAGAUGAAUUUAAUAGAAUCUAUAUUGAAGUAUUAUCAGUCAUUGCAUAAUAAGUUUAAACUAUAAGAGAAGCACUUUUAGAAUAUAAAAUGAACUUUUAUUUCUUUGGUAAAAAUGUAUAAUUGAAUCCUGAUUUGGGAAUAUUUAUUACAAUGAAUCCUGGUUAUGCUGGUAGAACUGAAUUACCUGAUAAUUUAAAAGUUCUUUUCAGACCAGUAGCUAUGAUGGUUCCAGAUUAUAGAUUAAUUGCUGAAAUUAUGUUAUUUGCUGAAGGAUUUUCAAAUGCCAAAGAUUUAUCAAGAAAGAUGGUUAAAUUGUAUCAAUUAAGUUCAGAAUAAUUGAGCCAGCAAGAUCAUUAUGAUUUUGGUAUGAGAGCAGUAAAAUCAGUUUUAGUAAUGGCUGGAUCAUUAAAAAGAGCAGAGCCAAAUAUUAAUGAAGAUAUUGUAUUGAUAAGAGCAAUGAGGGAAAGUAAUUUACCAAAAUUUUUAUCUCAUGAUAUUCCAUUAUUUAAUGCAAUAGUGAGUGAUCUAUUUCCAGGAAUGUAGAUUCCAAAUGUGCAGAAUAAAGAAUUAGAAACAGCUAUAAAGAAUGUUAUAGAUUUAAAUAAGUUAUAGUAAUAAGAUACAUUUAUUGAGAAGAUAAUACAGUUUCAUGAAACAAUGAAAGUGAGAUUUGGAGUAAUGUUGGUAGGAGUGACAAUGGGUGGAAAAUCUUAGGUUCAGAAUGUAUUAAGAGAAUCUUACAUAAAAUUAUUUGAGUAGUAUUCUAUAAAGGGUAUAAAGAAUCAUGCAACAUAUUAAAAUGUAGAACAUUAGAUUUUGAAUCCUAAAGCAAUAUCAAUGGAAGAAUUAUAUGGUUAAUUUGAUAUGAUGACAUAAUAAUGGACAGAUGGUUUAGCAUCUAAUAUAAUGAGAGGAUAUGCAUCAUCAGAGACACUAGAGAAGAAAUGGGUUGUAUUUGAUGGUCCAGUAGAUGCUUUAUGGAUUGAAAAUAUGAAUACAGUAUUGGAUGAUUCGAUGACUUUAUGUUUAAGUAAUGGUGAGCGUAUAAAAUUAAAAACAUAAAUGAGAAUGAUUUUUGAAGUAUUGGAUUUGGCAGUGGCAUCACCUGCAACCGUAAGUAGAUGUGGAAUGGUAUAUUUGGAUGAUAAAGUGUUAGGGUAUGAACCUAUAGUAGUAACAGAAGCAAUGACAUUAGUAGAUAUUCUUAGUAGAGAUAUAAUAGAUCAUUUAUUAGUAUAAAUAAAAGUUUCAUUUAAUAAAUCAAUAACUUAAAUUAUAAAGUAAUGCAAAUAAUUAAUUCCUGUUUCAGAAACUUAAAUGGCAGUUGGAUUAAUUAAGAUUUUGAGAAUGGUUAUCCAAUUUUAUAAUUAAUAAUUGAAUUGCAAUUUAAGAGAUGAAAUAUCUAAAAAACAUAUAGAAAAAAUAUAUGUCUGGGUAUUUGCUUGGUCUGUAGGAGCAACUCUAAUUUCAGAUGAUUAUGCUAAAUUUGAAAGAAUUGUAGCUGAUACUUUCGCAGUUGAGGUUUUACCUAGAGGAUCUUUAUUUGCUUGUUUAGUACGUAUAACAAAAACAGAUGGAUUGGUAGAUAUAGCAUAUACUUAAUGGAAUGAUAUAAUUCCUUAAUUUGAAUAUGUAAAAGGAAUGAGUUAUUUUGAUAUGGUUGUUUAGACUAAGGAAACAGUUGCUCAUGGAUGGUUUUUAGAAUAAGCUGUAAAUACGAAUUGUCCUAUCUUUAUUACUGGGGUUACAGGAACAGGUAAAACUAUUAUGGUUAAUUCAACUGUUGAAAAAUUAAGAGAUGAUGGAUUAAUAGCUUUAAUGUAGAUUACAUUUUCUGCUAAAACUGCAAGUUCUACUACAUAAUUAAGUAUUGAAUAAAAAUUACAAACUUAACGUAAGAAAGGUAGAACUAUUUUAAUGCCUCCUCCUGGAAAGAAGUUUGUUGUGUUUGUUGAUGAUGUUAAUAUGCCUGCUCUAGAAUAAUAUGGUGCAUAACCACCUAUUGAAUUAUUAAGAUAAUUUAUAGAUUAUAAAGGUGUUUAUGAUAGAAAAACAUUUAAUUGGAAAGAUGUUGACAACACUAUUCUUAUUUGUGCUUGUGGUCCUCCAGGUGGAGGAAGAUCUCCUAUUACUGUGAGAUUUAGUCGUCAUUUUGCUUUAUUAAGUGUUCCUAAUUCUAGUGAUGAAACUUUAUCAUGGAUUUUUAGCACUAUUUUGAAAGCAUUCUUAAAAAAUAAUCAUUUUAAAAGUGAAAUUGUAGAUUUAAGUGAAAACUUUUCGGUUGUUAAUGCAACUCUUUAAAUGUAUUCAGAAAUUUAAAAAGCCUUAUUACCUACUCCUGAAAAAUCUCAUUAUGUUUUCAAUCUUAGAGAUGUCAGUAAGAUCUUCUAAGGCAUUUUAUAGGCCAAACCGAUGAUUUAUCAAAAGUCUGAAUAAAUUGUUAGAUUAUGGGCACAUGAAACUUGUCGUGUCUUAAUGGAUAGGCUUAUUAAUUAAUAAGAUUAAGAUUGGUUUAAAGAGAACUUAGUUAAAAAUAUAUUCUUAUUUUUUAAGAUUGAAUAUAAGGUUAAUGAAUUAUUUGAUUCAACCCCUCCUCUCAUUUUCGCUGAUUUUUAAAAAAGAGCUGAAUUAUCUGAUAGAAUUUAUGAAGAAGUUAGAGAUUACAAUCAAUUAAUUAAAGUAAUUAAUGAAUACAUGAUGGAAUAUACAAAAAUGAAUUUAGUAUUAUUUAAAGAUGCUAUUGAACAUUUAACAAGAAUCAGUAGAGUUUUAAGAUAAUAAAGAGGACAUUAUAUGUUGGUUGGAGUUGGAGGUUCAGGUAAAAAAUCUUUAACUCAACUUGGAGCUGUUUUAGCUGGAUGCAAAUUAGAUACCAUUGAAAGUAAGAAAAACUAUGGUAAAAAAGAAUUUAAAGAAGACUUAUUUAGAAUGAUGUGUGCAGUAGGAAUUGACAAUAAACUUAUUGCAUUUUCAUUUUCAGAUACAUAAAUUUUAUAAGAAGGUUUUCUAGAAGAUGUCAAUAAUCUUCUUAAUUCUGGUGAAGUACCUAAUAUGUUGAACAAAGAUGAUUUAGAAAUCAUUAAUUAAGGAUUAUAAGCAGAAGCUAGAGAAUUAAAAAUUAAUGAUAUCUAUCCUUACUUUGUAUAAAAGAUUAGAUCAAAUCUACAUAUUGUUUUAGGAUUAUCUCCCAUUGGUGGAUAAUUAAGAGUUAGAUUGAGAAUGUUUCCAAGUUUAGUUAAUUGUUGUACUAUAGAAUGGUUACAUAAAUGGCCAUAAGAAGCAUUAAUGAGUGUGGCAGAAAUGUUUUUGGAAACUUUAGAAUUUGAUGGACUUACCAAGGAUAUGAGAUAAAAUCUUUAUUAAAUGUGUGUUCAUGUUCAUUAGAGUGUUGAACGAAAAUGUGAUGAAUUUUAUGCAGCUUUGAAAAGAAAUGUUUAUGUUACUCCUAAAUCUUAUCUUGAUUUAAUAGAGUCUUAUAAGACUUUAUUAAUGAUGAAAAAAGAAGAAUUACAAACAAAUAAACUUAAAUUAUCUUCAGGAUUACAUAAAUUACAUGAAGCUAACAGUAUAAUUAGUGAUUUAAAAGUAAAAUUAACAGAAAUGUAACCAAUUUUGAAAUAAAAGACUAUUGAUUAAGAACAUUUAUUAUAGAAAUUAUAGGUAGAUUCUACAGAAGCAAAUAGGGUAAAGUAAUUAGUAUCAGAAGAAGAAAGAUAAGUCAAUGAAUAAGCAUCUCGAAUCAAGGAAACAAAAGCAGAAGCAGAUAAAAUUUUAAAUGAAGCUAUUCCUACAUUGAAUGCUGCUACAGAAGCACUUAAUACACUUAAUAGAAAUGAUAUCUCUGAAAUAAAAAGUAAUAAUAAUCCAUAACCCAUUGUACGUUUUACUCUAGAAUGUGUUGCUAUUUUAUUCGAAGAAAAAUUAGAUUGGGAUUCAAUUAAAAAACUAUUAGCUGAUCCUAAUUUCUUAUCAAAAAUGAAAGGAUUGGAUGUUGGUAGAAUUAAACCUGUAACUUAAAAUAAAAUAAAAGCUAAAAUUGCUAGUAAUCCAGAAUUUAUUCCAAAUUUAGUUUAAAAAGUAAGUGUUGCUGCAAAAUCAAUUUGCGAAUGGGUUAGGGCUGUGAGUGAAUUUACUGAUGUUAAUAAUGAUGUAGAAAAAAAGAAGAGUUAAGUUGAAGCUAUGAAUCUAUAAUUAGAUAAAGCAAAUAAAGUAUUAAUUUAAAAACAAUCAGAACUAGCUUAGGUGGUUAGAAAAGUUACAGAAUUAGAAAUCUAAUUUAAUUAAAAUAAAUAGGAAAAAGAUCGACUUGAUUAAGAUAUUUAAACAACAGAAUAAAGAUUGAUAAGAGCUGAAGAACUAACAGUAGGAUUAGCGGAUGAAUAGGAAAGAUGGAAAAUAAAAGUAGAAAGUUUAACUGAAGAAAUUUAAUUGCUUUUAGGUAAUGUAUUUUUAGGUGGUUCAACAGUCGCUUAUAUGGGGCCAUUUACAGGAACAUUUAGAAAUUAAUUAAUUCAGAAUUGGAUGGAAAAAGCUACAGAGUUAACAAUUCCUUUGAGUGAAAAGUAUAAUUUUGAGGCAGUCUUAGGUGAUGCUCUUGAAAUUCAAUAAUGGUCAGCUAAUGGAUUACCUAAUGAUACAGUUUCAAAAUCAAAUGGCAUUAUCCAAAAAUUUAGUAGAUCUUACCCUAUGUUUAUUGAUCCAUAAUUAUAAGCAAAUACUUGGAUCAAAAAUAGUUAUAGAGAUUACAAUUUGAAAGUUUUGAAGAUUACAUAAGAAGGUCUUAUAAAGCACAUAGAAAAUGCUGUAUAAACAGGAAUUCCUUUACUUUUAGAAGAUGUUUAAGAAUAAUUGGAUAACUUUUUAGAGCCAUUAUUAUUGAAAUAAUUUAAUAUAAUAAAUAGAAGAAAGAUGAUAAAGAUAGGAGAUAGAGAAGUUGAAUUUGAUCCAAAUUUUAAACUAUUUUUCAGUACUAAAUUAGCGAAUCCAUAAUUUUUACCAGAAAUAUUUAUUAGAGUAACAGUAAUUAAUUUUACUGUCACAGAAUAAGGCUUAGAAGAAUAAUUACUAGGAGAUGUUGUAUAGAUUGAGAAACCAGAAAUGGAAGAGGAAAAGAAAGAUUUAAUUAAAAGAAUUUCAAAUGGAAAUAUGAAUUUAAGAAAGAAUGAAGAAAAGAUUUUAAAUUUAUUAGCAAAUUCUAAAGGAAUGAUUUUAGAUAAUGUUGAUCUCAUUGAAAAUUUGAAAAUCUCAAAAUAAGAUGCAAUUUAAGUGAAAGAAAGUUUAGUAACUUAAGAAUAGAAAUCUGCUGAAAUAGAAGCUGCCAGAUAAUAAUAUUUACCUGUAGCAACAAGAGGUAGUUUACUUUAUUUUGUUAUUGCAGAUUUUACAUUAGUUGAUCCAAUGUAUCAAUUUUCAUUGAAUUAUUUUAAGAGACUUUAUUAAAAUGUUAUUAGAAAUUCAGAGAAAAAUGAUGAUAUAAAAAUAAGAAUAUCUACUUUAAUAGAAGGUAUUACUGAGACAAUUUAUUCAAAUGUUUGUAGAGGUUUAUUUAAUUAACAUAAGAGAAUAUUUUCAUUUUUAAUGACUGUUAAAAUAUAAUUGAAUGCUAAAUAAAUAAGUUUUGUUGAAUGGAAUCUUUUUGUAAGAGGAGCAAGUUUAUCUAUUUAACCACCAGCUAUGCCUAAUACAGUUAAAUUAACUCCUAAAAUUUGGAAUGAGUUAUAUUAAUUAACAACUGUCCAUUAAAAUUUUAUACAAAUUUACAACUAAACAUUGACUAAUUUCAAAGAGACUGAAUAAUUUAUACAAUCUGAUAAUCCUUGGAGUUUAUUGAAUGAAUAAUUAACACCUUUCUAAAAAUUAAUGAUUGUUAAAGUAUUAAGAGAAGAAGAAUCUUUAUAUGCAAUGACUUAUUAUGUGGAUGCAAUUUUGGGAAAAAAAUAUACAUCCAAUAACUAAUCUUCAAUUGAAGAUAUUUUCAAUGAUACUGAUCACAAAACACCAUUUAUUUUUAUUUUAAGUUAGGGUGCUGAUCCAUUAUCUAGUUUAAUGAGAUUAGCAAAUUAAAAGAAAAUUUCAUCUGAGAAACUUCGAAUCAUUUCACUUGGAUAAGGAUAAGGAAUAAUUGCUGAAAAAGCUAUAGAAAGUGGAGUCAAAAGUGGUGAUUGGGUAAUAUUAUAAAAUUGUCAUCUUGGUAAAUCAUUUAUGCCUACUCUUGAAAAAAGAUUAGAAUGGUUUGAAGAUCCAGAAUUAUAAUCAUAAUUUAAUACUGGAUUUAGAUUAAUGUUAACAAGUAUGCCUUGUGAUUAUUUCCCUGUAAGUGUUUUAUAGAAUAGUAUUAAAUUAACAACUGAACCACCAAAAGGAUUGAAAUCAAAUAUGUUUAAGAGUUAUACUGAUUUAUCAGCUGAAUAAGUUGAGAAUUGUGAUAAAAAGGAGCCAUGGAAAAAAUUACUCUAUUCUCUAGCAUUUUUCCAUGCUGUUGUAUAAGAGCGUCGUAAAUUUGGACCUUUAGGUUGGAACAUAAGAUAUGAGUAAAAAUUUAUAUUAAAAUAGAUUUAAUGAUUCUGAUCUUGAAACUUCAUACACUCUACUAAGAAAUUUCCUUGAUUUACCUUAAGAUAUACCUUGGGAUGCUAUAGUUUAUGUAAUAGGAGAAAUCACUUAUGGAGGUAGAGUCACAGAUGAUUGGGAUAGAAGAUGUUUAUUAACCAUUUUAUCUAAAUUUAUCAAGUAAAUCAUAAAUUUAUAAAUUUAGUGAAGAUGCACUCAAUGAUGGAUACUCUUUUUCAGAUUCAGGUGUAUAUAAAUAGCCUUCUGAAACAAAUAUUGAAGGAUAUCGAAAUUUAAUUAAUAAAUUCCCUGAUUUUGAAAAACCUGAAGUUUUUGGAAUGAAUGAAAAUGCAAACAUUACUUUUAAAUUAACAGAAUCGAAAAUGGCAUUGUCAACUAUUUUAAACAUUCAACCAAGAGAAAGUGCUCAAACAAGUGAUUCAGAUUAAAAAGCAAAAACUCCAGAUGAAAAUGUUUUAGAACUUUGUGAUAUUUUGAAAUAGAAACUUCCAUUUCUUAUAAAAGAAUAAGAAAAAAAGAAAAAAUAAAUUGUCCCUUAAAAUAAUACAUCUGAAAUUGAUUCUCUAAAAGUUUGUUUGAAUUAGGAAGUUCAAAGAUUUAAUAGGUUGUUAUCAGUAAUUGGAAAUUCAAUAAAAAAUUUACAAGCUGCUAUCAAAGGAGAAGUUGUUAUGUCAGCUGAGCUUGAUAAAAUGUACAGCUCAUUACUAAAUAAUUAAGUGCCUUAAAUUUGGGCAAAUAAAGCUUACCCAUCUUUAAAGCCUUUAGCUUCCUUUUAUGAUGAUAUGAUUAAAAGAGUUAAUUUCUUCAGAGAUUGGUUUAACUUAGAAUUUGGAUAUCCAAAAGGUUAUUGGAUCUCUGCCUUCUUCUUCCCAUAAGGUUUUCUAACUUCAGUAUUAUAAACAUUUGCAAGAAAAAAUUAAAUUGCUAUUGAUAUUCUUGGAUUUAGUUUCAAAUUUUUUAAUUAUGUAGAUAGUGAGAUGGUAAAAUAUAUAUUUAAUAUAUUUAGAUUACAUCAACACCUGAUAAUGGGGCCUAUAUUUAUGGUUUAUAUGUAGAAGGAUGUAGAUUUGAUAUAAAUAAAGGAAUACUAGAAGAUUAGUUGCCAGGCUAAACUAUUUUCUAGGCUCCUAUUAUACAUUUUAUACCUACUUAAGACUAUAAACCUAAUCCAAGCGAAUAUUCAAUGCCUCUUUAUAAAACAAGUAAUUUAUUAAUUCAAAUUUUCAGGUCUUCGAGCAGGAGUAUUAUCAACUACAGGACAUUCAACCAAUUUCAUUAGAGCUAUCGAAUGUCCUACUAAGAAGAAUCCCGAUUAUUGGAUUCUCAACGGAGCUGCCUUUACAACCCAACUAAAUGAUUGA